GGCUCCGCUGGCAUGGUCGGCGCCGGCGUUCGGCGGCUGUUGCGUCCAUAUAUGCGGAGUACCCGAUGACGCGUCCCGCGGCGGCCUUGGCGCAGCAACGGUGCAAGCGGGGGCUUUUCGAGCGGUCUGGUCGUGGGCGACCUACCUGCUCUUUGCGGUGGUGGGCGCGGUGUGUCGCCGCGGCGGGACGAGUACCUCACGAAACGGCUCGAACGACUGGACGUCCGGAUAUCGGGACACGAAGACGACGCCGCGAUGGAGCUCCGCAUCGGGCUCGACUACGUGGUGGAGCACCCGGAGUACACCCGCACGUUGGCCACCGCGGCCGCGUCGGGCAACAGCGACCUGCGUCGCCAGGUGUGGGAGUUGCUGGUGGCGCUGUGCGUCCGCGGAGGCGAGGGAAUCCGACGGGCGCUCUCCACGCUCGACCAGCUGGCCACGCUACGCGCCCAGCGCACCCGGCUGGCCGCCCUGGCGCUGGCCAUAUCGCGCGGCACCGACGACGAGGUGCCACCUCUGCUGGCGCUCGCCAACAAGGCGCUCAGCGGACGCGACAGGGCAAGGCUGCGCGCCGAACUCAGGGCCAGAGGGUCCAAGGUUCCCGCAGGCCUGACGUCCCCUCCUCCCGAAGAGAGCGGAUGGCCGUCUGGUACGUCGGGUCCCCCGGAGACGUUGCAGCAGGCCUGGACGGCGCUUUCGACGAGGGCUUCCGGCAGCGGUAAGCGCGAGGCGUACCUGCUGCGUGCCCUGCAACGUCUCCUGGCCGACGACGCCUGGGACACGCCCGUCCGACAAACCAAGCACAGCCAGACCAGCCUCGAAGCCCUGGACCGAUGCGGUACGGGACCCGCAGCCACGACUGCCAUUCCUGCCAAGGCAGUCGCCACGACAACCGCUGCUGACACGCAAACCAGCACGCCGACGACGGUCGCUGUUUCCUCAUCGCCCGCUGACAGCGGUGGCAACAACCGGAGAUGCUGCAGCUGCCGUUGCCACGAGUCAGCUUCCGCCGAAACCAAGGCAAGCACCACACGCUGGACUGCUCAACCUCGCGCUCUGUAGUGCUUGCC